GCCGGGUGCUGCGCCCUGACUGCACACUGCGCACAUGCGCAUCCAGCAGCGCAGCUCAGGCGCACCAGACAAACAGCGGCACUUUGGACCGGAAGAGGAAGCAGCGCGCAAGGAGGACACCGAGACCACGGGGACGAGCGUGACGCGGCAGGCAUCAUGGUGGUUGAGCGGCGCCAGGGGACCCGGCUGGUCCAGCUGGGCCCGCGGCUGCAGGCGUUCCCAGAGGAGCUGAUCCGCCAGCGCCACAACCACGCCGGGCAGCCGGAGUACCUGAUUCGCUGGUGCCUCGUCGCCAUCGACGACGGCGGCGCCGGGUCGGGCGGCUCGGCGGCGGAGAGCAAGCCGGAGAACGUCCUGAUGUGGAUGUCCGCCCAGGACGUGUACGCCAACUGCCCCGGCCUGCUGGGCAACAGGAAGCCGGAGCAGCAGGAGGCGCGGCGCGGCGAGGAGCGCCCCGCGGGCGCCACCUUCGACGAGGCGGCGCUGUCGGACAUGAAGGAGGACGUGAGGAGCCUGGUGCGCCGCGCCCGCACGCAGGCGGCCAAGAGCGGCGACUCCUCGCUCGCCGUCACGCACACCGUCCACGUGCUGAGCGCCUACGCCGCCAUCGGCCCGCUGGUGGGCGUGUUCAAGGAGGCCGGCGCCCUGCGCCUCCUCAUGGAGCUGCUAGGCAACAAGGACACGCACACGCGGCGCGGCGCCGGCAAGAUGCUGCGGGCGCUCGCCUCGCACGACGCAGGCAGCAGGGCCCACGUGCUGCUGGCCCUCAGCCAGCAGGACCUGGAGCAGCACAUGGACUUUGAGAACCGCUGCACUCUCCUGGAGCUGUUCACCGACACGCCGUCCUGCGAGGAGCACGGGGUCUCCUUCCAGGGGCUGCAGCUGCCGCAGAUUCCGGGGAAGCUGCUCUUCUCUCUGGUGAAGCGUUACCUGUGCGUGACGUCUCUGAUGGACGAGCUCAACACGCCGGGGGCGGAGUCAACCUCUGACGGACCGGACACAAGCCCCGCCUCCUCCUCCAGCAGCGCCCAGCGAGCGGAGCGGCUGCGCACCCAACGAGAGUUCGACUUCAGCGUGGCCAUGGCCAGCCUGAUCUCGGAGCUGGUCCGCGUGAUGGGCUGGGACCGGAACCGCCGGCCCCCCCCCGGCUCCGCCCACGGCGUGGGAGGAGCCGGGGCCUGCGGGGCGGAGCCGGGGCCCGUCCUCGGGUCCAUUUUCCAGACUCGUUCCAGCGCCCUGACCGACACCUUUGCGCCCGCCGCACCACCGAAGAAGAAGACGGGAAACGGAUACAAGACGCUCGCCGACUUCGCCGGCCGCGCGGCGUACGUGGAAUACGUCCAGCAGCACCUGAGGAGCGGCAUGGCGGUCCGCAUGCUGGAGGACUACGAGGAAGUCAGCGCCGGGGACCAGGGGGAGUUCCGCUACAGCAACGACGGCUCGCCACCUGUCCAGGUCUACUGGAGCUCCCUGUCCAGGACCUACUGGGUCCACUGGCAGAUGGUGGAGAUCCAGGGCGGCGAGAAGGAGAAGGAGGCGCAGCAGGAGGCGCAGCAGGAGGCCUCCAGCCUGACGGAGACCCUCCGGCUCCCGGCCGUGAGUCGGAGCGUCUGCCCCCCCGGGGUCCUCUACUCCUGGCCCUACCUGCCCCCGCAGCCCGGGGCCCCGCAGCCCGGGCCCCUGAGCCGGGCCGAGUGGUGGGAGCUGCUGUUCUUCAUCAGGAGGCUGGAGGCCCCGCAGCAGCAGGAGGUCACCGGGCUCCUGCGGCGAGGCCUCGGCCACCAGGAGGCGGAGCUGGACGACCGGGCUCUGAUUGGCCUGUCGGUGCCCGGGGGCGUGGCCACGGAGCUGCUCCGCUACCUGGAGCAGAAUCUGCCGUCGGCGAGCCUCACCGAGCUGCUGAGCUCCCGCAGCUUCACCAGGCUCGACCUGAGGGGGCGGGGCCACCAGCAGGGGGCGGGGCCACCGGGUGAGCACCUGAGACCUCCGCCGGUCCCCGAGACCGGCAGCCCGGACCACGAGCUGCCCCCAGAGGACCACAGCAGGUACCCCGAGGACCUGGAGGACCGCAUGAAAGUGUUCGAUGACCCUCGGGUCCAGGCCCAGAAGACACUGCUGGAGAAGCUGGGGGGGGUGCUGGACCUCCUGAAGACCGGGUCCAGCUCGGACCCGGGUCAGCAGCUGGCCGCGGUCCUCUUCGCCACCAGGCUGCUGGAAGAGGCGGGGGCCCAGGAGAGGGGGGCCCCGAGGACGGACUCCGCCCAGACCAUCCGGGACCAGGUCCUGCAGCUGCUGGUGGAGCUGCUGGCCUCGGCCUCCGGGGACCUGGUGGCCGCCGCGCUGCGGCUCGCCCGCCGCCUCGUGCUGGCGUUCCCAUGGAGGCUCUCCUUCGCCACGGGGGGCGGAGUCAGAGCCAUCCUCAGCUGCAUGCAGCAGUUCUCCUCCAACGCGCCGGUCCAGCAGCUGGCGCUCGCAACCCUGCAGGUGGUCUCUGGAGCCAGUCAACAGGACCUGGUCCCUCUCUCUGAGUCCGGCUCCCCGGUGAUGUUGGAGAUCUUCUCCAGCAUCGGCUCGGCGGCGCCCGGCUCCGGAGGGCCGCUGGGCGCCGUGCCGGCCGCCAUGGACCUGCUGCUGCAGACCGGCGGCUGCCUGCCGGCGCUGCGCAGCGGGCUGCUGCUGGUCCUCACGCUCGUGUCCAAUCACAGCGCUCUGGCGGAGCAGCUGGUGGGCGUCGGCCUAACCUCCGUGCUCCGGAGGUGCCUCACGCUGCCGACUGCCGAGGCCACGCUGGCCGUCAUCGCCCUCAACCACCUGGCCUCAGAGGUGGGGGGUCCUCUGGAGCUCCAGAUACUGGUGCUGAGCCUGAAGGAGCCGAGGGUCUCCAGGGAGGUGGUCCACACGCUGGAGGCCCUGCUGUGUGACCACGCCCCGCUGGAGGAGAGCAGCCAGGUGACUCGCAGUCGGGACACCUUCCAGGACCUGGUCCGCCUGCUGGAGCAGCACCGGGCCGACCGGGCCGUCCAGCUGUCCCUCCUCAGGAUCCUGAACAAGUUCCUGGACCAGUACCAGGAGGACCUGCUGCCGUGGCACGAGAGCAUCGAGCCCUGCCUGUCCUCCAUGACGGCCUUCCUCAGUGACCGGGAGGUGGUCCAGCUGUUGGUGCGCUUCCUGUUCCGCCUGGCGUCCCUGAACAAGGACCUCGCGGUGGUUCUGUGCCGCCUGGUUCUCUGGGCUUCUGAGGGACCUGCAGGCGCUGCCUGGCUGGCCCCCGAGCUCAGGGACCUCGUUGGGGACUGCGACAAGUACGCCAGCCUCUACCAGAAGAUGCCCUGGCUGUGGCCAGGUGGGCCAGUGCAGGCUGUGUUCCAGAUGGUGCUGGGCCAGGUGGAGGAGCACCGCCGCAGCCACCGGCCAAUCAACGUGCCCUUCUUCGACGUGUUCCUCAGGAACCUGUGCCAAGGCUCCAGCGUGGAGCUCAAGGAGGACGCGUGCUGGGAGAAGGUGGAGGUCUCGUCCAAUCAGCAUCGAGCUGCCAAGCUGACCGACAAGAACCCCAAAACCUACUGGGAGUCCAACGGCUGCACAGGAACCCACAGCAUCACCAUCAGCAUGAGGCCGGGGACCGUCAUCAGACGGAUGUCCCUCCUGGUGGCGGCUGAGGACUCCAGCUACAUGCCGGCUCGGGUUCUGGUUCUGGGAGGAGACGACCCGACCAGCAUCAACACGGAGCUGAGCACGGUGAACGUGACUCCGUCGGCCAGUCGUGUGGUUCUCGUGGAGAACUUGACCAGGUUCUGGUCCAUCAUCCAGAUCAGGAUCAAGAGAUGUCAGCAGGGAGGUAUUGAUACUCGAGUCCACGGGUUUGAGGUUCUGGGUCCGAAGCCGACUUUCUGGCCGGUGUUCAAGGAGCAGCUGUGCUGUCGGACCGCCCUGUUCUACAGCACCAAGGCCCACACCUGGUGCCAGGAGGUGAAGGAGGACCGGACGCAGCUGCUGCAGCUCUUCAACAAGCUGAACGGCGCUCUGAGACACGAGCAGAUGUUUGCUGAUCGUUUCCUGCCGGACGCCGAGGCGUCUGAAGCUCUGGGUCGGACCUGCUGGGAGGCGCUGAUCACCCCCAUAGUGCUCAGCAUCACGCAGUCAGAAUCCUUAGCGCCCAGCCCACUGUCCUGGCUGCUCAGCGAGUACCUGGGCAGCAGCGACUGUACCAUUAACACUGUAAAACGCGCCAUCUUUAACUCCAGAGUGCGGCGCCUCACACAACUGCUGGUCCACGUGGACCUGAGCCGGCUGGACGGAGAGGAGCUCCGAGCGCCGGUCAAGUCAAGUCUCAACCGGAGCAAAGAGAUGAAGAACGGUAAAGAGGGGAGGAACAAAGAAGCGGCCUCUUCCUCUUCCUCGUCCUCCUCGGCCAGGCCCAAGGCGAAGGGCAGCAGCAGCAGCAUCGUGGGCAUCGCCCUCUGUUGGCAGGGAGUGGUACAGCGCCAGGUGAAGCUCUUCCUGGAGUCCAGCUGCGGCGGGCCGGACUUCGUGGAGCAGUACCGGGCCCUGUACCUGCGCCUGAGGGGCGCCAUGGAGGAGCUGUUCGGCCGGCACGCCGCCUUCCAGCUCGCCCUGCGGCGCGGCUUCUCCAGCGCGCUGCUGCAGCUGUCCAUCCUCAGGGCCAUGCAGGUGAGCGAGCGCUUCUCCCAGUACAUCGACUCCUCCAUCCAGGCGAUCGGCGCGGCGCCGAGCGGCGUGCGGACUCUGGAGCGCCUGCAGCAGUUCCUGGAGCCGCUGCUCUUCCUGUCGGGCCUGGAGCUCGCCAACACCUUCGAGCACUUCUACAGGUACUACCUGGGCGACCGGCUGCUGGCGGGGGCCAACGUGUGGCUGGAGAGCGCCGUGGUGGAGCAAAUCGGAUGCUGCUUCCCGAGCCGCUUCCCCCAGCAGAUGCUGGAGAACCUGAGCGAGUCGGCCCGGCUGCAGCAGGAGUUCCACCUGCACCGCCUGCAGCAGAUGGACCGCUGCCUGCAGGAGCAGGUGGAGGAGGAGGAGGAGGAGGAGGAGGAGGAGUCAGAGGAGGCGGAGGUCCGGGUGGUGGUCCUGUCCCCUCGCUGCUGGGCCGUGUCCUCGCUCUGCUUCCUGGAGGAACCCAGCAGCCACUUCCCAGGAGAGCUCUGCUGCUACCUGAGCCAGUUCACCCAGUUCUACUCCCACAGUGUCCUGAGGCCCCGGCGGCUCCAGUGGACGUGGCUCGGUGACGCUGAGCUUCAGUUCGGCUGCUGGAGGCUCCAUGUGUCCACGCUGCAGAUGUUCAUCCUGCUGCAGCUCAACACGCAGCAGGAGGUUCCGGUGGCCUCUCUGCUGCGCAGCAGCGGCCUCUCGGCCGACGUGCUGCUUCAGGCUCUGCGGCCGCUCAUCGCUGAGGGAGGACCGCUGAGCUGCAGCCAGGAGGAGGAGCCCUGUGGGGGUGUGCUGCAGGUGAACCAGCAGGUGGCGUCCCUGAGCCGCGGCGCGGCGGCGUGCGUGCGGCUGCUGCCCAGACAGACGUACCUGAAGGUGGAGGCGGACGCGGCCGGCGCCCUGGAGAGGAAGAGGAGCUUCCUGUCCUGCCUGGUGGUCCACAUCAUGAAGAGGGAGAAGGAGAUGCACAUCGACAACCUGGUCUUCACGGUGCUGGCCUCCUGUCGGACCCGGGAGGCGUGUGGCGGCCGCUUCGGCUGCAGCUCCGGCGACGUGCUGUCCUGCAUCAUGCACGUGGUCAGCAGAGGCUGCGUCCGGCGCCGCGAGGACAACCCGCACGUCCUGGAGUUCCUGCCCGAGGACCCGGCCACGCCGCAGAAGGGCCACGCCCACUUCUCCUUCAGCGAGGACGGGAAGGACGCCGCAGAGGACCACAUCAGUGGGCGGUUGUCUCCUCGCCGGUUGGAAGACGGCGUUCUGGACGCGCUGCUCUUCUCGAUGGGUCGGACCAUGACGCAGGAGGAAGUCCGUCAGCUGAUGCAGAGGACGGUCCAACAGGUAUCGGGGACUCUGAGUCUGGACCCGGACCGGGCCGAGCACCUGCUGGUCCACUGCCGCUGGAACGUGGAGCUGCUGGUCCAGCGCUACAGCGACGAGCCCGAGGCCCUCGCCGUCGCCGCAGGACUGGAGAGCCGGAACCCUCAGCCGAGCUCCGCCUCCACCUGCCCGGUCUGCCUGGGGCCCCGCCCCCCUCUGACAGAGCCCGCCCCCUCACUCAGCUGCAUGCACUACUGCUGCAGGGCGUGCUGGCAGGAGUACCUGACGGCGCGGAUCGAGCAGAACCUGGUCACGACGUGUCACUGUCCAAUCACAGACUGCCGCGCUCAGCCCACCUCCAGCUUCUUCCUCCGCGUCCUCACGGACGAGGACACCGUCGCCAAGUACGAGAGUGCCUUGCUCAGAGGCUUCGUGGAGAGCUGCUCCAACCUGACGUGGUGCACCAACCCCCAGGGCUGCGGCCGCAUCCUGUGUCAGGAGAGCACGCGCAGCACGGCCAGCUGCGCCUCCUGCAGCUGGGCCUCCUGCUUCAGCUGCAGCUUCCCCGAGGCCCACGUGCCGGCCAGCUGCAGCCACAUGUCCCAGUGGCUGGACGACGGCGGCUUCUAUGAGGGCAUGAGCACGGAGGCCCAGAGCAAACACCUCGCCAAGCUCAUCGCCAAGAGCUGCCCGAGCUGCCGGGCGCCCAUCGAGAGGAACGAGGGCUGCCUGCAUAUGACCUGUGCCAAGUGUAACCACGGCUUCUGCUGGCGCUGUCUGAAACCAUGGAAACCAACUCACAAAGACUACUACAACUGCUCCGCCAUGGUGAGUAAAGCUGCUCGGCAGGAGAAGAAGUUCCAGGAUUAUAACGAGCGCUGCACCUUCCACCACCAGGCCAAGGACUUUGCGGUCCAGCUGGAGGCCACGGUAUCAUCCAUAAAUGAAGCUCUGCAGAUGAAGCCGUUGACCUUCGUCAUCGACGCCUGUCGAGUCCUCGCUCAGGCCCGCAAGGUGCUGGCCUACUCGUGCGUCUACAGCUACUACAACCAGGAGACGGAGAAGAUGGAGGUGAUGGAGCAGCAGACGGAGGCUCUGGACCUGCACACCAACGCCCUGCAGAUCCUGCUGGAGGAGACCCUGCUGCGGUGCAGCGACCUGGCCUCCUGCGUCCGCCUGCUGAAACCAGAACACCUGAACACGGGCCUGGAGCUGACCCGCCGCAUCCAGGAGCGCCUGCUGGCCAUCCUGCAGCACUCCACCCAGGACUUCAGGGUGGGUUACCAGUCCAAGAGCAGCCAGGAACAAGGAUCCACUCAGACCUCCAACCUGGCCACCAACACGGAGGCCAACAAAGUGUCCGAGGCGUCCAGCGACUCUGAGGACAACAACUACGGCGGCGAGGAUGACGACGAGGAGUACGUCCCCGAGUGGCACGAGGACUACGACGAGGAUGCCGUGGACGACUUCUUCUCCGACGACGACGAGUCAGAGAACCUGGAGAGGGACUUCAGCCCCUUUGACUGAGAGGCCACGCCCCCUCCCCUGAAGCCCCGCCCACCACCGCCAACACCGCUGCUCUGUUUUCCACUUCCUGUAUUCCGUCUGUUUUCAUGAGAUCAGAGACCUGAAGAGUUUAAUAUUUAAAUUCUUAGUCUUUAAAUUGUGAGAAUAAAUUAUAAAUAUGAGUUGUAUUGUUUAUUAAAGCCACUUUGAACAAGGUGAGCUAAAUAUAGUUUAAAACCAGUUAAACCGGUUUAACCAGUUCAACAGAUUGAACCAGUGUGAAAUGACUUUUGGGUUCAAAUAGCAGACUUUCUUCUGGACUGAGCCCGGUUCUGGAUCCGGUGGCGGUCCUGGUUUUCGUUGAUGAUGAAGGAUCUCCUGUUGUGAUCAAAGGAUUAUUGAUCCGAGUUAUUGAUCAUCUCACGCUGGGCCUUGCUUUAUUUUUACCACACAAGCUUUUUAUACGUGUUUGUAGAGUCAGAGGUUUCUGAGGUCCACAGGGCCACGUGUGGGUCUGGGUCCAGACUCUGACGUGUGGGUCUGGGUCCAGACUCUGACGUGUGGGUCUGGCCCAGCUGUACCGGCUCCCUGUUUGUUGAUGUUCCAGAAGGUUCUUCUGGUUUCUGUCGAGCGACUUCAGCAUCAAACUAAAUAAAAGCUUUUAUGCUGCAGAA